UUGUGCUGGCAAACCAUGAAGUGACAGAUGAUGAUGAGCCUACUCUGAAGCGUCAGCGCAUAGAAAUCAACUGCCAGGAUCCCUGUAUUAAGUCAUUCCUGUAUUCCAUUAAUCAGACAAUAUGCCUGCGGCUGGAUAGCAUCGAGGCCAAGCUGCUGGCACUGGAGGCUACCUGUAAAUCACUGGAGGAGAAGUUGGAUCUGGUCAUGAACAAACAGCACAGCCCCAUCCAAGUCCCCAUGGUGGCAGGUUCUCCUCUUGGCGCUACGCAGACGUGCAAUAAAGUUCGAUGUGUUGUCCCUCAGACCACAGUAAUCCUGAACAACGACCGGCAGAAUUCAAUUGUAGCCACGAUGGUCGGGCAGGAGGAGCCCUUGAGCAGAGCGUCGGAGUCUCUGGAAAAUAUCCUGAGCAAUGCUGGUUCUGGACGUAGGCAGAACACCAUAGUGGUGAAAGUUCCAGGGCACGACGACAGUCACAACGAAGAUGGAGAGAGUGGCUCUGAGGCCAGUGACUCAGUUUCCAACAGUGGACAAUUAGGAGGCCAAAAUAUUGGGAACAAUGUCACGCUAAUUACGCUGAACUCUGAAGAGGAUUACCCCAACGGGACGUGGCUCGGCGACGAAAAUAAUCCGGAGAUGCGGGUGCGCUGCCCCAUCACCCCUGCUGACAUGCUGCACAUCAGCACCAACUGCCGCACGGCCGAGAAGAUGGCCCUGACCUUGCUGGAUUAUCUCUUCCAUCGGGAAAUCCAGGCCAUCUCCAACCUCUCAGGCCAGGGGAAGCAUGGGAAGAAGCAGCUUGAUCCUCUCAUGAUUUACGGAAUUCGCUGUCACCUCUUUCACAAAUUUGCAAUCACAGAGUCUGACUGGUACCGAAUCAAGCAGAGCAUAGACUCCAAAUGCCGGACGGCGUGGAGGCGGAAACAGCGCGGGCAGAGUCUUGCUGUGAAGAGCUUUUCAAGGCGAACACCUUCAUCAUCCUCUUACAGUGGUUCAGAGGGUUCACAGAGUUCAGUUUCAGCUUCUAACGAGAUCCAGCAGAACCAGCCACAGGCACUGCACUACACACUAGCCAACGCUCAGCAGGUUCAGAUCCACCAAAUAGGAGAAGAUGGACAAGUCCAAGUAGGCCAUCUCCACAUAGCCCAGGUUCCUCAAGGAGAGCAGGUCCAAAUCACACAGGACAGCGAGGGAAACCUGCAGAUACAUCAAGUUCACGUGGGUCAGGAUGGGCAG